AUGGCAUCAAAAGAAGGUCAUCUUGAAGUUGUCAAAUACCUUAUGGAGGUUGGAGAUAAAGAUGUAAGUAAACCACUGAUUGAAGCAUCAAAAGAAAAUCGUCUUGAAAUUGUCAAAUAUCUGAUCUCUGUUGGAUCGGUUAAAGAAGUCAAAGAUGAUGGUGGAAAUACACCACUUAUUAUUGCAACAAAAGGAGGUCAUCUUGAUGUUGUUCAAUAUCUAGUCUCUGAUGGAGCAUAUAAAGAAGCGAAGAAUAAAGAUGGAAACACAUCACUCAUUAUUGCAACAAAAGAAGGCAAUCUUGAAAUUGUCAAAUAUCUGAUCUCUGCUGGAGUAGAUAAAGAAGUCAAAGAUGAUGGUGGAAAUACAUCACUCAUUAUUGCAACAAAUGAAGGUCAUCUUGAAAUUGUCAAAUAUCUAAUCUCUGCUGGAGCAGAUAAAGAAGCGAAGAAUAAAGAUGGAAAUACACCACUCAUUAUUGCAACAAAAGAAGGUCAUCUUGAAGUUGUCAAGUAUCUUAUCUCUGUUGGAGCUAACAAAGAAGCUAAAGAUAUAUAUGGAUCCACUCCCCUCAUCAUUGCAUCAGCUUUUGAUAAACUUGAAUUUGUUCAAUACCUAAUCUCCGCUGAAGCAGAUAAAGAGGUAAAGAAUAAUGAUGGAUAUACUCCACUUCUUGAAGCUGCAUUAUUUAAUCAUCUCGAAGUUGUCAAAUAUCUAAUCUCUGCUGGAGCAGAUAAAGAAGCGAAGAACAAUGAUGGAGAUACACCACUCAUUAUUGCAACAAAAGAAGGUCAUUUUGAAAUUGGAAAAUACCUUCUUUCUAUUGGAGCUAAUAAAGAAGGAAAGUCGAUAGAAUUUCUUCUCGAUCAAAUUAAUAAAGAAAAUCUAUUGGAACAUAUGAAAUCUGAUAAUCUUGACGAUAUCUGCAAUUUCUUUGAUGAACUUUCAAAAGUCGAGCUAGAAAAUUUGAUAAAGAAGAAUGAAGAUGUGAAGAAAGUCAUACACCAAGCAUCUGAAAAAGGAAAUCUCAGACUUGUAAAAUACCUUAUUGAAUAUGGUUGCGAUGUAAAUUAUAGCGAUUAUCUUCAACGUACUCCACUGAUUAAUGCAUCAAUAAAAGGAAAUCUUGAAGUUGUUCGAUAUCUAAUUUCUUCUGGUGCCAAUAUAGGAGCAUGCGAUAAAUCCGGAUCCACUGCUUUCAUAAUGGCAUCAAAAGAAGGUCAUCUUGAAGUUGUCAAAUACCUUAUGGAGGUUGGAGAUAAAGAUGUAAGUAAACCACUGAUUGAAGCAUCAAAAGAAAAUCGUCUUGAAAUUGUCAAAUAUCUGAUCUCUGUUGGAUCGGUUAA